CUGUUUUUACCUUUAUUAUUUCUCUCUGUUGAAGAAACCAUAUCAUUUGACCUGCCAUUUCCCAAAGUCUGUAUUUUAUAUUUUUCUAUCCUCUGUUUUUCUUGAAAAUUCCUAAUUGGAUCUGUAGGCUUGAUCAUGUUUGGAUUAGAUGAGUUUUGAGCAUCUAAUUUGGUGGUAUGUUCUUUAAUCAGGAGGUUUAUAAUCACAUAAAAAAUCUUUUUGUAUUUUUAGCAGCCAUUGAUGUUCAAUGCCUAGAUCUAGAUUAGAGCCAUUAAUUCAUUUGGAGUUGCAAAAUUGUGACAUUCCAAUGAGUCAUUCAUUGACUCAUUUAUUAGCUGGAAUACUUAUAUAAAAACAAAUUUCCCCUCAUCAACUAUUUGGUAUAUUUCUAUAAGAAUGGUUGAAUAAAUGCUUGAUUCUUUCCCCUUCUUUGCUAAUCUUUACUAAUUUUCUAGUAAUAUUUUCGAGCCAUUCUCUAGAGGUGACCACUGUAUGAAUAUGAACUGAUGUUUAAACAUACUUGAUUGCAGUCAUUAUUAUACCUUACUGAUGUUCAGAUUGUUCCAGUUUUGGUCAGCGGGAGCCUCUUCAAGUGGUGUCCUGAAUCUUUUUAACACAGCCCUAGGAAAAAAAUAUUUAAUAGUUUCCCUGUCAUGCAAUAUGACAGGAUAUUCUAGGCUCAUCUUUUAAUGUUCUCCCAACACCUGGAAUCAGUCAUUUCUUCAUGGAAGAUGCUCUUUAAUGAAUUCUUUUCUUUCACAUCACACAGCAAGUUGAUUCAGUGGGGAGAGUGUGGGUUUUGAAAUUAGACUGAUCUGGAGUCAUGUAUCUGUAUAGCCUUGGAUAAGUAGUUUAAUUUUUCUAAGCCUCAGUUUUCCUCAUCUGUGGAAUGGAAAUAGAAUGCCAAGUGGGUUAUUGUGAGAUUCAAUGAGAUAUUUUUAAAAAGUUCCUUGUAGAAGGCCUAGCCUGCUAAGGAUCUUUGCCCCUGAUCCUGGGGACCGCUGUUGUUUCCCUUAAGGGGAGGCCUGCUCAUUUGAAUAUCAGGAUUUCUAACAUGGUGAGUCUGAGAUUUCCAUGGCAGAUUCAGUUUUCAUGCCUUAUUUCUCGUCCUCAGAUAUGUCUUUGUGGGACUCCACUCUUUCCAGAAGGGGGAACACAGAGGAAGAAAUUAUGGCUGCUGUGGUUUUUUCAGUUGGACCUCUGAAGUGAUCAAGCUUAAUAGAUGACAUGGAGAGAAAGAAGAUGUGUAAGACACAGUGCUUGGCUGUAGGGAGCUUACAGUCUCAUUGAGAGUCCUGGAGCUGCCCAGCCAGAUGGAGAUCUUCAGUGGGAAGCAGAAGAACCAGAACUGGUAAAGGAAUCAGUAACUUUUAAGGAUGUAGCUAUAGACUUCACACUGGAGGAGUGGAGGCUGAUGGACCCUACUCAGAGAAACCUGCACAAGGAUGUGAUGCUGGAGAAUUACAGGAACCUGGUCUCCCUGGGGCUUGCAGUUUCCAAACCAGACAUGAUAUCUCAUUUGGAGGAUGGGAAAGGACCUUGGGUGCUAGUAAGAGAAAUUCCAAGAGCUCCCUAUUCAGACUUGGAGACCAGACAGGCAACCAAGGAUGCAGUGCCAAUAGAGGACAUUUCCGAAGAUAUAACACAGAGGACCAUAGUGGUCACAGAGAAUGGUCUAUGGGAUUCCAGUUUGAGAGGAUCAUGGAAAUGGAAUAAUAGCAUACUGAGAUUGCAAAAUAGUCAAGAGAGUCAUUUGAAUCAAAGAAUAAUUACAUAUAAGAAAACUCCCACUGGUCAGAGAGGCUUUAGAUUUGAGUCUGCUCUUUUCCCAGAACCCCACAGCAAAUGUCCAACACAUAAGGAAAAUUUCACAGAGAAUUUAGAUGUGGUUACAGAUACCUAUUUGGGGAAGAAAAUUUACAAGGAUACUGAAGGCAACAAAGCCAUAAGGCAGUCUUCAGAACUUACAUUGGAAAAGAAAACCAAUAAAGAAAAACCUUAUAAAUGUAGUACAUGUGAAAAAGCCUUUCGUUAUAGGUCAUUACUGAUUCAACACCAGAGAACUCACACUAAAGAAAAACCAUAUGAAUGUAAUGAAUGUGGGAAAACGUUCAGCCAGCCUUCAUAUCUUAGCCAGCAUAAAAAAAUUCACACUGGAGAAAAACCCUUUAAAUGUAAUGAAUGUGGAAAGGCCUUCAUUGCUUCUUCAUCUCUUAUGGUACAUCAGAGAAUUCAUACUAAAGAGAAACCUUAUCAGUGCAAUGUCUGUGGAAAAUCCUUCAGCCAAUGUGCCCGCCUUAAUCAGCACCAGAGAAUUCAAACUGGAGAGAAACCUUAUAAAUGUAUUGAGUGCGGGAAAGCUUUUAGUGAUAAAUCAAAACUUGCAAGACAUCAGGAAACACACACUGGAGAAAAACCCUACAAAUGUAAUGAUUGUGAUAAAGCCUUUAGGAAUAAGUCAUACCUUAGUGUACAUCAAAAGACCCAUACUGAAGAGAAACCAUAUAAAUGCAAUGAGUGUGGAAAAUCUUUCAAGAACACCACAAUUUUUAAUGUUCAUCAGAGAAUUCAUACUGGAGAGAAACCCUUUAGGUGUGAUGAAUGUGGGAAAGCCUAUAGAAGUAAUUCAAGCCUUAUUGUACAUAUAAGAACUCAUACUGGGGAAAAACCCUACGAAUGUAAUGAAUGUGGGAAAGCUUUCAACCGAAUAGCAAAUUUCACAGAACAUCAGAGAAUUCAUACAGGAGAAAAACCAUAUAAAUGUAAUGAAUGUGGGAAGGCUUUCAUUAAUUAUUCAUGCCUUACUGUACAUCACAGAAUGCAUACCGGAGAGAAACCAUAUAAAUGUAAUGAAUGUGGAAAAGCCUUCAUGCGUUCUUCAUCUCUUAUUAUACAUCAGCGAAUUCAUACUGAAGAGAAACCUUACCUAUGUAAUGAAUGUGGGGAAUCUUUCAGAAUAAAAUCACAUUUAACUGUACAUCAGAGGAUUCAUACUGGAGAGAAACCAUAUAAAUGUACUGACUGUGAGAGAGCAUUCACCAAAAUGGUAAAUCUCAAGGAGCAUCAGAAAAUUCAUACUGGAGUGAAACCCUAUACAUGUUAUGAUUGUGGAAAAUCCUUCAGGACUAAAUCAUACCUUAUUGUACAUCAAAGGACCCAUACUGGAGAAAAACCAUAUAAAUGUAAUGAAUGUGAGAAAGCUUUCACUAAUACAUCACAGCUUACUGUGCAUCAAAGAAGGCAUACUGGAGAGAAACCCUAUAAAUGUAAUGAAUGUGGGAAAGUUUUCACAAGUAACUCAGGCUUUAAUACUCAUCAAAGAACACAUACUGGAGAGAAACCAUUUAAAUGUAGUGACUGUGGGAAAGCAUUUAGCCAGAUGGUGCAUGUCACAGAACAUCAGAAAAUCCAUAGUGGAGAGAAACCUUAUAAAUGUGAUGUCUGUGGGAAAGCUUUCAGGAGGGGUUCAUACCUUACAGUGCAUUGGAGAACACACACUGGAGAAAAACCCUAUACAUGUAAGGAAUGUGGAAAAGGUUGUAUUACUCUAUCACAGCUAACUCUACAUCAGAGAAUUCAUACUGGGGAGAGACCCUAUAAAUGUGAAGAUUGUGGAAAAGCCUUCAGAACUAACUCAGAUUUUACUGUACAUCUGAGGAUGCAUACUGGAGAAAAACCCUAUAAAUGUAAUGAGUGUGGAAAAGCUUUCAGAAGUAGCUCAAGCCUUACUGUACAUCAAAGAAUCCAUCAGAGAGAAACUCAGUUAAUAUAGAGAACAAUAAAUCAUUCAAUAAGAUGUCAGCUCCACAAGAAGAAUCUUAUGAACUAUAUAUUUUCAUGAAUGGAAAAAUCUUCUAGAACAAUUCACCAGAAAUACACACUGAAGAGAUAUAUUCUAUAAACUUAAUGAAAUGUGGAAAAACAUUUAGCCAUAUUAAAUGUUAGAGAUUAUAGGAACAUUUACACUAAAGAAAAAUAAUGGACAAAUGAAAGCCUUCAUCUAGAUUUCAUAUUUUAUUCAUUCAAUAAGUUAUCUUCUAUGAAUUGCAUAAACAUUUUUGCCUAUUAUGUUGGUUUCAGUCUUCUUUGAUGUCUGUGGAUGUUCUUUAUGUGUUUUAGAAAUUAAUCCUUCGUCGUGUGUGUUGCACGUUUUUCUUUAAAAAACAUUUGUUUAUACAUUUUUAUAUAGCAAAAGAAGCCACAUUAUUUUAUAGUAAAAUGUUUAUAUCUUUUCCAUUUUAGAUUCUUGAUUUGCUCUUUUAAUUAAAAGGGUCUCAUUAAUCUUUGAA